AUGUUAUUUUUGAAGGACACAGUCACACCAAGAAUAAGUGACGGAAAUAUAUCCGAUGUAGACGUAGAUGAGGUUGAAGAAGACAUCAAUGAGGAACAAGACGAACUCGAGGACAUUGACCAGUCAUUAGAAGUAAAUAUUUCUACAAAUGAUUAUAAUAUUUCAUCACCCCCAUCAACUUCAUUUACGACAACUAAAAAAAAAAAUAAGAGAUCAAAAAAACAAGAAACGGGCAAUACUUUUGAACAACAACUGAUUGAUCUUGAAACUCGAAAACUAGCUGCAUUAACUGAAUCACCCGCUCCAGAUGACGAAGAUAUGCAUUUUUUUAAAUCCAUUCUUCCGUAUUUUAAAAAAAUGAGCCCCAUCCAAAAAUUACGAGUGAGAAACGAGAUCCAAAAUAUUUUGAUACGUGAAAGUGUACCACCACAGCAAUACUUCGGCUCAACAAAUUCACAUAACCAAAAUUACAUUAUUCCAUCAGCCUCUACCGUACAUCCAACAUACACUUCCAUACCACCAAAUUUCCAGUAUCCAGACGACACACAUUCUAGUAUUCAAAAUUAA